AGUGCAGCACGCAAUUUGCUUCAAAAAAUCCUCCGCAGUCAAAGGAAGCGCUCAGUUUCAAGCCGCCAACGCCGACUUAUACAAAAAGAAGAAAUGGCCGUGUUCAGAGUGUGUCUGCUUUUGGCCCUAGUGGCCGCCGCUUUGGCCGUUCCCGUCGUCCAGGAGGAGGCCCCCAAGGAGACCGGCCGUGACUUGGCCGACAUCAUCGAAGCCGCCGUCACCGGAGACGAAGACAAAAUUGGACUUCUGCCCCGUGUCGCCCUCAAGCUGGCCGAGGCCGGAGGUGAGUCUGCCCGAGGCAAGCUCAAGCUGAAGAAGCUGCUGCCCUUCCUCGCUAUCUUCCCCCUGAUCAAGCUGCUCCUCCUCCCCAUCGCCAUCCUCUUCUUGAAGGGAUUGACCCUGAAGGCCCUGAUCAUCGCCAAGAUCGCUCUGGUCUUCGCUCUCAUCAACGCUGGCCGCACCCUCUUCAGCGGAAAGGGCGCUAACCUCUUCAGCGGAUUCAGCGGAAUCGGCGGUGCUUCUUCCGACAGCUACGGCUCUUACGACAGCAGCCACGGCCACGAUUCUUACAGCAGCAGCAGCCCCAGCAGCUCGCACCACGGAGGAUACUCCCGCAGCUUCUUGGACGAGGCCGAGGUCAAGGUCAACUCGAUGAUCGAGGCCGCCGCCAAGUUCUUCGAGGGUGACGAGGAACCCGCCAAGACCCAGUAAAGAAAGCGACGCACCUGCCGCGUUCUGGCCCCUAAUUUAUUAAUGCAGACAAAGACUCCAACUGUUAACUUUAAGGACUUGUGACUUUACUUCCUCUUCUAGCGCCCUAGGGUGUUAUCAUGACUUUGGCCCCGAGGGCCGCGCCUUGUCAGUUACCAGUCGGUGGAAUCUGAGAGUUGUAGGUAGUACCCUUGGCGCUCACUCGCAGACAGACGAACAGACAUAUCAGUUUUAACUGGGGACUGUUGGUUGAUUUAUUUUCCCUCACGCUUCCUUUGAUGUACUACGACUUUUUCUCCUCAAAAACAAACAGCGGCUGAGCUGAGUAAUUACCCCUUACUUUCGCAUCAGGUCUGCUUUCUUUGCAUUUUCUCUUGCACUUGCCCUUUUCCUCUCUGCUGCUCACUUGCAAUAAACUCUGUUUUGCUCAAUCAAAUUCCCCUCCACGUGCCAAAAUAGUUGUAACGAAUCAAAAUGCAAUUAUUUUAUUAAUUUUAUAUGCUCCCCGACUUAAGACACCUCGACUCUUUACCUUGUAAGUUGACGCUCAAUCAAACGCACACAAUGAAAUAAAAUAAAAACAAACGCACUACAUAACGGCGACUUUUAUACACAAGACGCGCACACAACAAACACAUACACACGCACACAAACGCACAGUUAAUUUAUUGUACAACCUAUUUAUUGUUGAACAAUGUUAAUUUAUUGCUUAAAUUAUUUCUGUUGAAAAAAAAACGUAAAUAAAAGAAAUUUUAAAAAUUUA